UCAUUCUGUUGCCUAUUGCCUUGCUAACGUCUUUAAAGUAACCUCAAAACUUGUAAACGUUUAUUAUAACUGUAUAUUAUGCGAAUGCUGUUUAUUUCUAUUAAAUAUUAAGUUUUAAUUAAUAAUAAUUGGAAACUCAUUUCAUAGUAAUUAUUAGCUCAUUUAUUGAGUGAGAAGCAUGGCGGAACCACCUAAAACAUUACCGAGUCUUCUGAGCUUGAAAGUAUCUGUUCCACCAGAUAUGCAGCAAAACCACGGCUCUAAUGAGGAAAAAGAAAGUAACGAAGAAGUCAAAUUGCCGGCAGCCUUAGAGCAAGCAUUAGCAUUUAAAACUGAAAGAGCAAAAGAAGUUGGAGCUGAUCCGAAUGAUGUAUCAGUGCCAGGCUCAUCUCCGACUCAUGAAGCAUCUCGUGAAGAUUCGACUCUAGAUUUUCCAAUAGAAUCAGAAACAGUAAAUACAAAUGUAGAAAAAUCUGAUGCAAAAUCUAAUAAAACUAAGAAGAAGAAGAAAAAGAAGAGAAAGAAGCAUUCUGGAGAAAAAGUAGUGGAUAUGAAUAAAAAUCAUGUAGAAUCAGAUAGUUCUGCUCCUCAAAAUGAUGUAGAAGUUGAAUACAUUCAAGAAAUUCCAACAGUUGCUGAUUUAGAGCCAAUGUAUCGACAAUUUGCAAGAGUAUUUGAAGCAUUUAGACUUGUAGAACCUGAUAAUCAGACAGAUAAAGAUAAAGGUGAAGCCAUUGGACAGUAUCCACCUACUGUACCAUUAUCUAUGGUACCUAGUAAAGUGCCGUUAAUUGAUGAUUUUGAUGAAGAAGCCAAUAUGCAUUUACAGGCUCAAAAUGCUGAAAAUGGCGCUCCAAGACUCUCUAAACGUAAGCUUAAGAGAUUAACACGAUUAAGUGUGGCUGAAUUAAAACAACUUGUUGGUAGACCUGAUGUAGUAGAAAUGCAUGAUGUCACUGCACGAGAUCCGAAGCUUUUAGUUCAGCUGAAAGCACAUAGGAACACAGUGCCGGUUCCUAGGCAUUGGUGUUUCAAAAGAAAAUAUCUUCAAGGCAAACGAGGUAUAGAGAAGCCUCCAUUCGAUCUUCCGGACUUUAUCAAACGCACAGGAAUCACAGAAAUGCGUGCAAGUCUUCAAGAAAGAGAUGACGGAAGAACUCUCAAAGCGAAAAUGCGAGAACGAGCAAGACCAAAACUUGGUAAAAUUGAUAUUGAUUAUCAAAAGCUACAUGAUGCUUUCUUUAAAUGGCAAACGAAACCAAGAAUGACAAUCCAUGGUGAUCUUUACUAUGAGGGUAAAGAAUUUGAGACAAGAUUAAAAGAAAAGAAACCUGGAGAGUUGUCUGAUGAAUUGAGAACGGCUUUAGGUAUGCCUAUUGGUCCGAAUUGUCAUAAAGUACCUCCUCCAUGGCUCAUUGCUAUGCAGCGAUAUGGUCCACCUCCUAGUUACCCGAAUUUGAAAAUUCCUGGAUUAAAUGCACCCAUCCCAGAAGGCUGUGCUUUUGGAUAUCAUGCAGGAGGUUGGGGUAAACCUCCAGUUGAUGAAACUGGUAGACCUUUGUAUGGUGAUGUAUUUGGAAUAACAAGAGCACCAGGUAGUGAUGCUCUUGAUGAAGAAGUUGACAGAGGAAUGUGGGGCGAACCAGAAUCUGAAUCAUCUGGAGAAGAAGAUGAAGAUGACGAAGGAGAAGAAGGAGCUGAAGGUGAUGGCGAUGGCAAAGAGGUAGAUGGUGAUGCUAGUGGUUUAGUUACACCUGGAGCUGAGGGAUUGAUAACUCCGAGUGGAAUCGCAUCAAUUCCUGCUGGUUUAGAAACUCCAGAAACCAUCGAAUUAAGAAAGAAAAAGAUUGAGAGUGAAAUGGAAGGUGGAGAUACUCCAGCUUUAUAUACAGUCCUUCAAGAAAGAAGAACUGAAGGUUUAGGAGCUAGUAUGAUGGGAAGUACUCAUGUAUAUGAUAUGACUGGCGCUGGAGGUCAAGCUCCUCCAUCCGUCAUAGCUGCUGCUAGACGAGGUGCAACAUCUGAAGCGAGAGUCGAAAAGGAUGGAACUGUUGAAGUUGCUCUAGAUCCUAGUGAACUCGAUCUUGAUUCUGAAGCUAUGGCCUCACGAUAUGAAGAAACUAUGCGUUCACGACAAGCUCACCUUCGACGUGAAGAUCUAUCAGAUAUGUUACAAGAUCAUGUUCAACGUCAAAAGAGUAAGAGAAAACGGCAGCAAGGACAAGAAUCAAAAUCUUCUAAAAAAUACAAGGAAUUCAAAUUUUAAAUUGAUUAAUCAGUGGGCUAUUAUACUUUACAAUGGACUUAUUUUAUAUAGAUGUACCUGUAAUUUACUUUUGUAAAUAUUUUAGGUUCAAUAAUAAAAAAAUCGUAUUAAUAUACGAUUGGAAUUAAAAUUAUUCGAUACUCAAUUUCAAGUAAAAAAAUAGAUUAAGUUUUAAUGAUCAAUGAUAGUAAAGCGAUUAAUUUGAUUAAUUUUUGUUUUUAUUAUGAGCUUUUACAUGAUUGAUUCAUAUUAAGUAGAGUAAGGUCAGUCUAAAUUAUUGAUACAAACACUUUGAAAAGAAAGUGGCCGUCCUUCGUCUUAGAUAAUUCGAUGAAAUAUGUAAAAAUAUAAAUAACAAUAAUUAGAUCUAAUGUCGUAAUUUUAUAUCAGACGAUAAGCAUAAAUCAACAUCUCUAAUUGGGAAUCACUAAAGAAAUUAAAAAAAUUAAAUAAAUAAAAUCAAGCACAAUAAAUUAUAAAAAAGUCUGAACAAAUAAAUGUAGACUUUGAAAUAAUAUUAAAAGGCGAUGGAAUGGAUAUUAAAUAA